GUACUGAAAGAGGUGUGAUUUUACGACAGCAGGCUUUUAAUUUUCUACAAGUAAAAUAUUAAGUAAAAUAUACAAGUUUUAAGAGACGACAACAAAAAUGGUUGAUCGUGUGAACAUUAAAGAAAUGAUACCAGCUUUGCCGGAUGAAAAAAUUGAUAUGCUAGCAGCUACUAGCAUUCUUCAGCAACAAGCUGCUGAUAUUAGAAAUCACCGAGUCAAUUGGCAAUCAUAUAAACAGUCUCAUAUGAUAUCAAAAGAAGAUUAUGAUUUUAUAGUAGCUUUUGAUACAAAUGAUGCUAGUGUUCGAGAUGCAAAACUUAAGGAAAAUCAACAUCAAGCUGCUAAAACUUUUCUUAACUUACUUGGUCAUAUUUCAAAAGACCAAACUAUCCAGUACAUUCUUACAAUGAUUGAUGAUAUGCUUCAGGAAGAUCGUAGUCGUGUAGAAAUCUUUAUAGAACAUUCAAGUCAAAAAAAUGAAGUAGUAUGGGGACCUUUUUUAAAUUUAUUGAAUAGACAAGAUGGAUUUAUAAUGAAUAUGACUGCACGAAUUAUUGCCAAACUUGCUUGUUGGAGUCACGAAUUAAUGGAAAAGACAGAUCUUCAAUUCUACUUAACAUGGUUAAAAGAUCAGUUAAAACUCAGUUUUGAGGUUCUUCAGGACACAAAUUUGCAUGCAAGAACAGAACAAGACAAUGUUAUGGACAAUGAAGCAAAUGAGCUACGUGAACUACAAAAUCCGAAUAAUGAAUACAUCCAGUCUGUGGCACGUUGUUUACAAAUGAUGCUUCGUAUAGAUGAAUAUCGUUUCGCAUUCUUAUCAGUUGGUGGAAUUUCCACUUUGUUGAGUGUAUUAACAGGCAGAGUAAAUUUCCAAGUACAAUAUCAACUUAUAUUCUGUAUAUGGGUACUUACUUUCAAUCCUUUGCUUGCUGAGAAAAUGAAUAGAUUUGGCGUUAUUCCUAUAUUAGCGGACAUAUUAAGUGAUUCUGUGAAGGAAAAAGUAACUCGUAUUAUUUUAGCAGUAUUUAGGAACCUAAUAGAGAAAGUAGAAGAUGGACAAGAUGCUAAAGAACACUGUAUUGCUAUGGUACAAUGUAAAGUAUUGAAACAACUUUCAAUUCUUGAACAACGUAAAUUUGACGACGAAGAUAUCACCGAUGAUAUUGAAUUUUUGAACGAUAAAUUGCAAGCGUCUGUUCAAGAUUUAAGUUCUUUCGAUGAAUAUUCCACUGAAGUAAAAUCUGGUCGUCUUGAAUGGUCUCCUGUUCACAAGUCUGGCAAAUUUUGGCGAGAGAACGCUAGUCGACUUAAUGAAAAAAAUUACGAGUUACUACGCAUUUUAGUACAUUUAUUAGAAACUAGUAAGGACCCUUUGGUUCUCAGCGUAGCUAGCUUCGAUGUAGGAGAAUACGUAAGACAUUAUCCACGUGGUAAACAUAUAAUUGAACAACUUGGAGGUAAACAACGGGUAAUGCAACUUUUGGGACACGAAGAUCCUAACGUAAGAUAUGAAGCUCUACUUGCCGUGCAAAAACUCAUGGUGCAUAAUUGGGAAUAUUUAGGAAAGCAAUUAGAGAAAGAACAAACUGGCACAUCAAGUGCAUCAGGGGUGAAACCUGGUGCACAAGUUCCAGCAAAAGCUUAAACAUGUAUAUAAACUCUGUAAUGCUAAGUUUCGCUUAAUGUCUGUAUAUC